AUGGCUGAUAAAUUAUCCGUGAGUGAUAUUGUAACUAAAGUUUAUGAAGCUGCUCGUAACGGUUCUUCUGAUCUGACCGAUCUUUUAAAGCGGCUGAAAACUGAACAAAGAAAAACCGCUUUGAAAAAGAAAACUAAAGAUGGCAGCCAUUUUGUCACUCCUCUUAUCAUCACUGCUCAUAAUGGACACCUGAAUUCUGUGAAGAUUCUUCUACACUAUGGAGCAGACAUCGAUGCUCGAGGAACGCUUAAGAUAGGGGACGUAGUUGUAGAGGGUUGUACACCUUUGUGGGCCGCUGCUGCUACUGGUCAUCUUGAUGUUGUGAGAUUGUUAAUCGAACGAAAUGCAGACGUUGACGGCAGAACAUCGAAGGAUUCGACGCCUUUAAGGGCUGCUUCCCACGAAGGACACCUUGACAUUGUGAGAUGUUUGGUUGAACGUGGGGCACAUGUGAAUGCACAAAAUAUCGGCGGGGACACCCCUCUAAUGACAGCGUGCUACUGUGGCCACUUAAGUGUUGUUACUUAUCUUAGUAACGAAGGCGCCUUUCUGGAUCAGCAAUGCAAAGGUGGCGGCACUGCACUUCACGACGCUGCUCAUAGGGGCCACUUGGAGAUAGUCAGUCAACUUUUGGCUCUUGGAGCAUUACAACUGCCAAAUAAUCGAGGUUUAACACCUCUUCUUUAUGCCUGUGAAAAAGGUUCCAUUGAAAUCGUCGAGUAUCUUAUCAAAAGACCGGAAUGUACAAAGGAACAGAGAAUUGAUGCUCUUGAACUUCUUGGUGCCACCAUUGCUAAUGGUAAAUCUCGUGACAUUGAGAAAGCUUUUAGUUACAUGAAACGUGGAAUGGAGAUGAGAUAUGAAGACCUGGCGCAUCCAUUGCUUAAAAAGAAAAUGGAACCUGUGGAAGCUUACCAAAAUAGAAAAGAGAGUCAAACUCUUGAGGAACUUGCUCUGUUAGAAGGUGAUGAUCAUGCUAUCGGUAUGGAAGGACUAAUAAUCAGAGAGAGAAUCCUUGGAUCUGACAAUCCAGCAAUUCUGUAUGAAAUCAGAUACCGGGGAACUGUUUUGAGUGACUGUGAGGAGUACGAGCUUUGUUUUGGUUUGUGGAAACGAGCGAUGGAGAAAGCCACGAACAACGAUGUUUCAAUUAUAAAAGAUCUUGAACUCUACACAUAUGUAUUUGCAGAAAUGGUGCAAAAAAGAAAACUUUUAAGACCAAACUUCAUUGAAGAAGUAUUCGAAAUACUAGUUGCUGCAAGUGAGAAACGGACAGAAAAAUUACAAGAGGGAUAUGAAAGCGAGGAACAAGAAAAAACCCUUUAUUAUGCUCUGUAUCUUUUGAUGAUAUACACCAAAGUUAAAGUUCAAAAUGCCAACAUGACUGACUUUCUUCAAAGAUUCCUGCGUUUAAACCCUUGUUGCAGUGAUGGAAAUACUCUACUACACUUGGCUGCGUGGCACGAAACUCCAAUUAAAGAAGGCAAGGUGCGAGGAGUGUGCAAGCUUCCCUGUGUUGAGACCAUGAAGUUUAUUUUACAUGCAGGGGGGGAUGUAAAUGCAGUUAACACCGAGGGAAACACACCUCUCCAUCUAGCUGUAAAGUUUAAACCUGCUGAGCCUGAAGAAGUCGAGAUCUUAAGAGAAAUGCUGCUGUUGUUGGUAGAUAUCGGUGCAGAUCCAAAGCUAGCAAACAAAAAUGGUCAAACACCACUGAACAGCUGUGAAACUGACGAGGCUCGUAGGAUUCUGUCCAAGAAAGGAAGACUGAGUGCCAUGAACGUCGACGUCGGAAAGGUAAGAAAGUUUUAA